CAGCUGACGUCGGGAAGCUCCUCCUGGAAAAUCUGGUGGACAAUCGCAUCUCCUCGGAAGAUUAUUAGUAAUUCUGUAGUGCUUUUCCACGCUGUAACAUUAAAUUCAGGGUCGGGGAGGUAGGCUGGCUCUUCUCAUCGGUGUAUAUAAACUUAGAGGCACAGUAUGGAGCUCCGCUGGAUGUUAACAGACUCUAUCUCCGCACUAGAAGCAGGGCAGCAGCCGUUUUUCACAUGUAGCAGCUAACGUCUGCUUUUAUCAUCCGGCUUCAUUUAACAUUCUUCCGUUUUUUUGUUUUUUUUUUCAUCUUUCCACUCGACGACUUAACGGUUGUGUCGUUUAUAAACCCGUAGUUAUCCACAACCAAGCCUUAUCUGAGUGAUAUAUAUCUUUACUUCGAGGACAUGAUGUUUAUGAUCAAGUAGUAACAGUUUCAGGGUAAGGUUUUAACCGGUCUUUAACCAACAAUGAAGUCUCCUCUGGCUCCUGGAAUACGACUUGUUACCUCAUUUUCUCGGGACAGCUGGUACCGUGGUUUUAUCCUCUUCCUCACAUUCCUCUUCUACACAGCCUACCACCUGUCAAGGAAGCCCAUCAGCAUUGUUAAGAGUCAGCUGCAUAGAAACUGUUCUCUAGUGAUUCGACCCGCAGACCUCAACGUAACCGAUAAUGAUACCUGGUGUGACUGGACGCCGUUUGACCAGGACAACUAUCAGACCCUCUUUGGAGUCCUGGAUAACUCCUUCCUCGUCGCCUAUGCCAUCGGCAUGUUUUUCAGUGGGAUCUUUGGAGAGCGCCUUCCUCUGCGGUACUACCUGAGCUUUGGGAUGCUGAUGAGCGGAUUGUUCACAUGCCUGUUUGGGCUCGGCUACUACUGGAACAUCCACUCGUUAGGGUACUACGCUUUCAUCCAGGUCAUGAACGGGAUCGUGCAGACCACCGGUUGGCCAGCUGUGGUGGCUUGCGUCGGCAACUGGUUCGGAAAGGGGAAACGUGGGUUCAUCAUGGGUGUUUGGAACUCCCACACCUCUGUGGGAAACAUCCUGGGCUCCCUCAUCGCUGGAGUCUUCGUCUCCUCAGAGUGGGGGAUGUCCUUCAUCGUCCCGGGACUCAUCAUCGCCUGUGCUGGGGUCCUGUGUUUCUUCUUCCUGGUUGAAAAACCUCAAGAUGUGAACUGCUCUCUUCCUCAGCAUCAUAUCGUUCAGGAGAACGGUGAGACCGAGCCUCUGCUGCGGAACGGUAACGGAAGCAUCAACGGCGCCGUCUCCACGGAGACUCCAGAGAUCGUAGAGGAGCAUUCUGAGGCCAUAAGCUUCUUUGGGGCUCUCUGUAUACCUGGAGUGGUGGAGUUCUCUCUCUGUCUGCUGUUUGCUAAGCUGGUCAGCUACACCUUCCUGUACUGGCUCCCUCUCUACAUCUCAAAUGUUGCACAUUUUCAAGCUAAAGAGGCGGGAGAUAUGUCGACAUUAUUCGAUGCCGGAGGGAUCCUGGGAGGCAUCAUGGCCGGCCUGGUGUCUGACUUCACUGGUGGAAGAGCCUCAACCUGCUGCGUCAUGCUGAUUGCUGCUGCGCCCAUGCUCUUCCUCUAUAAUUACAUCGGACAGAGGAGCCUCGGGAUCACCGUCGGUAUGCUGCUGCUGUGUGGAGGUCUGGUGAACGGCCCUUACGCCCUGAUCACCACAGCUGUAUCUGCUGACCUGGGAACACAUGAGAGUCUUAGAGGAAACUCCAGAGCUUUAUCAACAGUUACUGCAAUCAUUGAUGGAACGGGAUCAAUAGGUGCAGCAUUGGGUCCUCUGCUCGCUGGUGUGAUUUCACCCACCGGCUGGAACAACGUUUUCUACAUGCUGAUCUCUGCUGACAUCCUAGCCUGCCUGUUUUUGACCCGACUUGUCUUUAAGGAAGUUAAAGGCUGGUGUGGACAGAUCUCCCGAGCCAGAAGGCUUAGGGAAAUCUGAUGUACUCACAAUCAAAACAAACUAGAACCCAAAGGAUCACAGCAGGGAACCAUAACUGAACCGGACCUCACCUCACUGUACAGUCAAAGGAAAUCAAGCCGGACGAUUCAAGUCAAUAAGCUGAUGAUUGAAAAUUGAAGAAGAAAAUGUCACUUUGAGGAGACGGGUUUUAAUCACCUCAUCUAAGUUGUUUUAAUGUUUUUUAUCAUAAACCUGUAUAUACGUUAAAUUGUCUUAAUCUUGUGUUUGUUUCUCUGUCUCCUCGCAAGUAAUUCCUCAGGAAAUCUGAUGAACUGCGUGAGAGAGAGAGUUCAGAUAUGCUGUAAAAACACUUUUUUGCUGCUCAUUUCAUUGUGAAAUAUAAAAUAAUUGAAAAAUCCA